UAGAAAUUGAAAGAAUCGAAGAAAGAAAAUAAACAAAAGAGCCACAGAGCGAGAAAGAAGAGAAACAGACGGACAAGGCAAACCCAAAAGCAAAAGCAACGGCAAACCACGCCAAAUCAAAAUAAAAUUUCUUCAGUCUGCAAGUAGUUAAGAUGGCGUUUGGUUAGUUUACCGGAUAACCGUAUAAAAAUCGAGUGUUUUUUCGUACAUAAGAAUUCUUUCCAAGAAAAAUAGAGUGAAAAAAAAACAACUCAGCUUCUGGAUUGAGCAAGCAUUUUGUUUCUGUGCAAUAUUCUCGAGAACCGGAAUACAUUUUAAAACUGUAUUAUUCCAAUUAAUCUGCAAUCGGAUUUGCUUUUCAUUCAUAAUUUUACUCACUUUUUUCGAUCGGGGUGUUUGGUAUUCGGUUUUGAUUUUUGUCUGCUUUUCUCGGAUUUUACUAUCAAAUCAAAGUUAACGGCCUUGUGUCUGCUCUUUAGUGAGAAAACGAAAAGAAUUCACAGUCACCAAAAAUACAAAAAAAAAGAAUAAAAAACGAAAACCAAAACGAAGAUGAAGAUGAAAAGAGAAUAGAACAACUUUUUUGUUUAGUGUGGGUGUGUUUACCUUUUUAACUCUCCUUUCCGUUUCUUCGUUAAAUUCGCGUCAAUUAAAUUGCAUAAUUUUACAGUUAGUGCUAAUAAUAUUGCUCUGAUUGCAACAAUAAAGAAAUGCAUUUGGAUAAAGUGUGAUUAGAUGCAUUUUAAUGAAAGAAAAUACGAUUGGCAUUCGAUAACAAGACCGGAACAAGUUUAAAUCGUUCUUCUUGUUGCAGUGUGUCCUAUUCUAAGAGCCUGAGUUAGAGGGAGAGAAGAUUUAUCAAAAAAGAAAAUAAAAAGUGGUUUUAUUGUGUUUUGUUCGUUUUCCUUUUGUGUGCAACUCUGUUUGUAAAAAGAACAGUGAAAUAGUUUAUGUGAAAAAUAAAAUAAAAAACAUGCUGUGGUGUUUUUUAAUUGAAAAAUAAAAAUAAAAUUUACAACAAAAUAAAUAAAUAAAUAAAUAGCAACAAAAAUAAGAAGAUUAAGAAGAAGAAAUAAAUAAAAAUGUGUAGCUAAUAAAGUUUGUUGCUUGUUUUCCGUCUGCAAAAAAUUGUCCUAGUGUCUGUCGUCUCUUGUGUUGUGAAUUAGAAUCAUUCGAUUGGAUUAAAUAAGACAACAGGACAACAUCUCAUCAUCAUCAUCGUAAUCAUCUAAAAUGUACCGGCCAUCUGGAAGAGGUGGAGGAGGAGGACAACCUAUUGUCGUUGGAUUACAUUAUUUGGUGCUUUUGCUGCUUCUGUUGGUGGCAUCAUUCCGGAUUGCAAAGUGUCAAGGAAGUCAAGUUCUAGAAUUCACAUUGGAACCUCAAGAUGUGGUUGUUCCCGAAGGUAAUUCCGUUCUUCUACAAUGUUCGGGCAAAACACAACACGGUUCCCACCAAAAAGCUGGAAAAACAUCACCAAACAUUCGGUGGCGAGGUCCUGAUGGUCAGGAUUUGGGAAUUGUCGGUGAUACAUUUAGAACCCAACUUAAAAAUGGUUCAUUGUACAUAAGUUCAGUUGAACAGAACCGUGGUCUAACUGGUUCGUAUCAAUGUCUCCUAAGUGUCGAUGGCAUCGGCACGAUAGUUAGUCGAUCGGCGAUAGUUUCCAUCGCCCGACUACCUGAAAUCAAUCAAGACUUUAUGGAAUCCUAUCUACUGCCCGGUCAGACAGCCUACUUCCGUUGCAUUCUCGGCCACAUUCAGCCUGGUAUCAAAAACGAUAUUCAAUGGCUAAAAGAUGAUGCCCCUCUGCAAAUAGACAAUCUGAGAAUGGUAAUCCUUCAGAAUGGUGCUUUGGAAAUAGACGAAAUCGGUACUUCGGAUCGAGGAACUUAUCAGUGCAAUGUGACUUCGGGUGUGGUGUCGAGACUGAGUAGUAAAACCAAUUUGAACAUCAAGAAAUUAACCGAAGGUGGGGAGAGUCAAGUAGCGCCAUCGUUCCUUGUUGGCCCAUCACCGAAAACCGUCAAGGAGGGAGACACUGUGACACUAGACUGUGUGGCAAAUGGAAUGCCAAAACCACAAAUACGGUGGCUGCGGAAUGGAGAAGAGCUGGAUUUAAAUAUCUUUCCUAGCGACUUGGAUUCUCGUUUUUCGAUCCUCGGCACAGGAUCUCUACAAAUUUCUGCCGCAGAAGACAUUGAUUCGGGAAACUAUCAAUGCCGAGCCAGUAAUACGGUUGAUUCCUUAGACGCUCAAGCCACCUUACAAGUUCAAGUUCCUCCGAAAUUCAUCCAAAGUCCCACCGAUAAGUCUGCUUUCGAGAAGGAAGAACUUGAGUUGGAGUGUGCCAUCAGAGGCAAACCCAAGCCAAUGAUCCAUUGGAUGAAAAAUGGCGACGUAAUCACACCCAAUGACUAUAUGCAACUUGUUGCUGGUCAUAAUCUACGAAUCAUGGGUCUCCUACAAUCCGAUGCAGGAAUGUUUCAAUGUGUCGGAACGAAUCCAGCAGGAAGUGUUCAAGCAUCGGCUCGCCUUAAAAUCAUCACACCAGAGCAAAAGUACAAAACGAAGAAACCCCAGUCCCAGACAACGAAAUCCCUUCAAACCUUAAGCCCGAAACGUCGUAACAAAAAUAACAGCAACAGCAACGACAAUAAUUCUGGUGAAGUUCAAGUGCGAACUAAGUCUGUUGAUAAUACACGAAUUCUAUCGAAAAGUGCACUCGAUAGCCUCUUGUCCAAAGGCAAAGGCAUUACUAUUCCUAGUGGUGUUGAAAUUGCCCUUAACGACAAUACCAACUAUGGCGAUGACGAUGAGGACGACGAAAACUACGAUGAUAAUUCCGAAUCACCAGACGACAAAGAUUACGACGACGACGAAGAGAUCACAGGCAACGAAGAUAUAAUAAACGCCUUCAAACGUGGCGACGAUCCCAAUAAGAUUCUCAACACAUGGAAGAACAAGCAGGACAACGAACGACGCCAAGAGGAGUUAGCUUCCUCUUCGCAGAAAAUUCGAAGAAAAAAUCCCUUAUCCUCAUCCUCUUCACUUGAUUUAGAUGAAGAUGGCCAAUUGACUGCAGCUGGAAACCAUUUACCAGGACCACCCCGAGAUUUGGUAGCGCAAAUAGUCAAGCCCAGAUUUGUGGCAAUCAGUUGGAUGGAGCCGGUUAAAAAUCCCGAUGAGGUCAUCUCCUACACGGUUUACUACAAGAUGAACAACAGCGAAAGGGAACAAAAAAUCAUCACAAAAUCACAUGACGACCAACAAGUCAACAUUCAGUCCUUGAUGCCAGGAAAAACCUAUCAGUUCCGGGUUAUCGGCAAUAGCAAUUUUGGUCCUGGCGAGUCAUCUGAGAUUUUGGAAGUGCGGACACAACCGGAAGAGAAUAUUGCCGGUCCACCUCGAAGUGUUGAAGGAUAUCCAUUGAACCACAAAGAGAUUUAUGUGAAAUGGGAGCCACCAAUCGUCACCAAUGGGAUUAUCUCCAAGUAUCGCAUCUAUUAUGCUGAGGAUGAUAGCGGUGCUGAAAUGUACACGGAUAGUACAUCGCAAAGUGUCAUUCUAAAUGAACUUCGUCCAUUUACCGAGUAUACAAUUACCGUUGUGCCUUUUAAUCAAAACGGAAUGGGUGAUCCAUCGAAUGAAAUGAAAGUCAAAACCUAUUCAUCAUCACCUUCAGAACCACCAAAUAAUGUUACCCUUGAAGUAACAAGCUCAACAUCAAUAACCGUGCACUGGGAACCGCCGGCUGAGGAAGAACGAAAUGGCCAAAUCACUGGCUAUAAGAUACGUUAUCGGAAACUGAAGGAAGCUCCUGAAGUGAAAAGUACCCCGGCUAAUAUUCGUUACUUUGAAUUGAACGGCUUGGAUCGAAACUCAGAAUACCAGGUGAAGAUUGCUGCUAUGACAGUUAAUGGAACAGGACCAUUCACCGAAUGGCAUCGCGUUGUAACUCUGGAAAAUGAUCUUGACGAGACUCAAGUUCCUGGGAAGCCAGUAUGGAUAGUUGUACGAACUGGAGCAGAGAGUAUAGCAUUGCAUUGGGGCCCUCCAAUUCAACAUGAAAUCAAAAUUCGCAAUUUUGUCCUUGGCUGGGGUAAAGGAAUUCCCGACGAGAAUAUUCUUGAACUUAACGAAAGCGAACGAAGCUAUGUUCUGAAGAAACUCGAACCCAAUACCGAGUAUGUUGUGUCUUUGAGAGCUCGAAAUAUCAAGGGAGAUGGUCCUCCAAUUUAUGACAACAUCAAAACCCGAGAUGAAGAACCUAUGGAAGCUCCAAUGCCCCUUGAAGUGCCCGUUGGUUUGAGGGCAAUAACAAUGUCUUCCACAUCGAUUGUGGUCUAUUGGAUUGACACAACCCUCAGCAAAAAUCAACAUGUGACAGAUAAUCGUCAUUACACUGUGCGAUAUGGCAUAACAGGAUCCAGUCGGUUUAAGUUACACAACACCACCGACUUGAAUUGCAUGCUAAAUGAACUACGUCCUAAUACUCAAUACGAAUUUGCUGUAAAAGUUGUCAAGGGCCGACGCGAAUCAGCAUGGUCAAUGUCUGUGCUAAAUACAACCCUCCAAAACAUUCCAAUAUCACCUCCUAGAGAGGUGACAGUUCGAGCCGAUGAGAAUAAUCCUCAGAGUGUUAUAAUCCAAUGGCUUCCACCGAAACACAGUAUGGGCCAGAUAAGCGGCUACAAUGUGUACUACACCACAGAUACCUCGAAACGAGACCGAGAUUGGUCUAUUGAAAGCUCGAAUCUAGAUGACAAUGUUAUGGUGAUAUUAAAUCUUAAGCAACACACCACAUACUACUUUAAGGUUCAAGCUCGAACCGGCAAAGGUAGUGCACCAUUUUCAACUCUGGUCUCUCACACAACUGGUGCAGCAGUUUUAAGACAAGAACCAAAUACCAUCAGUAAAGGACUCACCAAUGAGAUGAUAAUUUACAUGAUCAUUUUUGGCACAGCAGUGAUUUUAUUCAUUGUUGUUGCUGUUAUUGUGAUCUUGUGUCGCAAAAAGCCACAAAGCUCACCCGAGCACUCUAAGAAAAGUGUUCCUUUCUCCGACGUCUACAGCUAUCAGAAAAACAAUGUUGGUGUUCCAAAGCCACCAGAUCUAUGGAUUCAUCAUGAUCAAAUGGAAUUGAAGAAUAUCGAUAAACCAAUGCAUAAUCAUAAUUCAACUCCAGCUUGUAGCGAUGGAGCAUCUAGUAGUGGAGCUUUGACUCUUCCUCGACCAAGUUUGCAUGAAUACGACAUAGAAGCACCGGUUCCACCUUGUGUGACAAAUUCACUAGACAAACGGUCUUAUGUCCCAGGUUAUAUGACUACUUCUUUGAACUCAACGAUGGAACGACCACAAUAUCCACGAACGCAAUAUAACAUUCCAAAUAGGCAGCAUAUGGGUGUUGAUACAACAUUAUCGCAGCAGAGCUUGUCACAACCACAGAAUAACUCUCUGGCACAGACGCCAGAACACCCGUAUAUGUAUGAUGGAUUUAGCAAUCCACCAUACCAAACAGCAAUAUCAACUGUAGAAACUUCAAAACGUGGACAUCCACUAAAGAGUUUCGGAACUCCUGGUCCACCACAGCCUGGUGUACCGCCACCAGUUAUUACAACAUGUUCUAAGCACACACCAGCAGUUACAAUACGUCCCCAAAAUGCUUCACCAUUCAAAAAACCAUCAUUCUCAGUUGCCACACCCACAAAUCGCCUAACAGGCUGCUCAUCAAUAGCACAUUCAACAGAUGAAAUACAAAGACUUGCACCAAGUACUUCCACCGAAGAACUUAAUCAAGAAAUGGCCAAUUUAGAGGGCCUAAUGAAAGAUUUAAGUGCAAUCACUGCCAGUGAAUUUGAAUGUUAACAUCGAUAUAAAUAAAUAAAUAGACCAUAGAUACGAAAAAAAAAAACAAUAUAAAAUAAAGUAAUAUUAAGCCCUUCCCUAGCCAGCCGCCUCCUUUCCCGCCAAUCAUCACCCCAUCCACUAACCCUGAAUACAAAAAAAAAAUCAAACACCAAUCACUUAUAACAAGAUAUGAGUUAAGCACCUUAUGAAAAUAAUGUUUGAUUAUUAUUAUUCUUAAAUUAGAACAAAAACUAAAAAAGUUACCUUAUGCCAUCCCAAAAUUUUAAGACAUUCUUUUGUUUUUAAAAAAUUGAAGAAAAAAAAAACUACAAAAAUGUUGUAAUCAGGUAUUUUUUUAAUAACAAAAGUAAACAAUUAGACAAGUAGUGUUGACACUUAAAUACACAAACAUUAAAAUUUAAAUAUAAAAAAUUAAACAACAUUUUUAAAAAUACACCGAGAAUAAAAUUUAACAAAUGAAAUAUUGAUGUACGCACUCAAGAACUGCCCCUUCAGGGGAAAGAGACAGAAACGUAUAUAGAACUACAAAAAUUUAACACACAAAAAUGCAUGCAUAUCACGUCAACUUAAUUGAAAAAGGAUCACCACUCCAGAAAGUCCUUGUUAUUUUAGUUUUGAGUUUGUUAAGUGUAUUAAGCCUACAAGUCAAGCAAUAGUCAUUUUAAACAAGAAACACUAUAAUUCAUUUAUUUAUUUCCAUUAACGGUAAUUUUAAAGUUUUCAAAAAUAUGUUUGUAUGAUAUUAUCUAAAUAUUACGAAGAGCCGUCUUAGAUAAAAGGUUUUCGUUGCCAAAUUAUGAGCAUAUAGUUUUGAUUGAUAUUCAAGAUCCUUUAGAUAUCAUUAAAGUUGAGUUUUGUUUGUUUGAGUAAAGGACUCAAAUGUUCACAUUUCAGUUUUUUUCAAAAAGCUAUUUUAAAUCACUGAAAUUUGUCAUCUCAUAAUUUUAAUUCAAAACUGAAAAGAUAAAAGAAUAACAUUAUUUUAAAUCGUUGAUAUUAGAAAAAAAUACGAAUUCCAAGUUUAUCUAUCUCGGCUCUUUAAACAUUUUAAAGUUCUCCAAAAUCCUUUUAAAACAAAUAAUACUAUUAUUGUGUUAACAUACGACGGGGUUUAAAUAAUUGAAAAACAAAAAUACAUAUAAAUGUGAUGUAAAAAAAAAGUAAAAAAAGAUUUCUUUUUAAAUACAAAAAUUAAUGCUUAAACAAUUCUACUUAUAUCUUCAAAACUCAUGUGACUAAGAAUAUUAUAUUAUUUUUUUGUAUAUCACAAAAAUUCCUGUAAAUAUUUAUAAAUUUAAUAACUUUUCACUAUUCAUUUUUUAACUUUAAAAUGUUAAGUAUCAUAAAAGAUACAAAAUAACAAAAAUAAAAUAUUCAGAAAAAUUAAAUCUUUAACACAUAAAACUAAACUAAAUUUACUGUCUUGAAAUUAUAUUUUAUCAAAAUUAUAUUUAUGUUUUGAAUUUGUGUGAUUUUUUUUAUUAAAAUGUAGAAAAUACAUUUCAGAUGAUUCAUUGUUACAGUUUAAUAAUUAAUUUACUAUAUUAAGUCUUUUUUGUGUUCUGUGUUCUUUGUUCUUUCUUUUUUGUGUGUUGUUUUUUUUUCGAAAGGAAUUUAGAAUCAUUUUUUUAAAAUUAAAAAUGUUUUAAAGUUCUAUAAACUUCCAACUUAUCAAGUUUUCCAAUUAUGCUGGUUUGAAAUGAUUCAUCUAAGUUUUUAGAUACAUUAAUCGUGUCGUAUGAUAAAUAAAUAAUGUAGCAAAUAUAAUUUCACAAUAAUUGUCAAUCACUUUAUUUUAUCACUAUGCUAGGUUCCUAUUUGCCUUUUUCAAUUAAUUGUAGACAUAUUGUUUUGACAAGAAAAAUCAUUUACCUGUUAUGGAAUCGAUUUUUCCUGUCAUAUUUGAAGUCCUGUUCUUCAUAAUGUGUCCUUCAUCAAUUAAAAAUAGAAAAAUAGGAAAUAAAAACCGCCUAGCGUUAAUGUGGUGGAAUGGAAACUUGUUCCUUCUUAAAUGUCCUUUUGACAUUCUUUCGGGUUUGAGUAUUCUUUUUCUUAAAGAUUACAAUUCAAUCCUAUUGCACUCGAUCUCAAUUUUUAAAUAUAAACACACGGAAUAAAAAUUACUUUCUUAUUUUUUAAAUGGACUUUCUAGUUAACAUUCACAAAUCAUUUAUUUAUUUGAUGAUACCUACAUUAUUUUUAAUUGACUCUGUCAUUGACUUUUUGUCUCCAUUCGUCUAAUUAUUUUUGCCAAAGGAAUAAAAUAAACAAUAAAAAGUCACACAAAUUCUUCUUGAAAUAUAAAUUUUUCUUUUAUUUUGCAUUCAUACAUAUUUGUACCUCUAUUCUUUUAUUAAAUAUAACAAACUCCUCGAUCACGAUGACUAAUAUACAGUACAGAGGUAUAAAUGAUAUAAAAUAAAUGAAUAUUGAUUUUAAUUUUUUAUUGUAAUUGCCAUUGAAAUUUUUAUUUUGGAAUCAAAACACUCCAUCGUGAUCAUUGUGCCAUUUAAUUGUUCAUUCAUAAUAAUUUUAUAUCAUAUACAUAUUUUAUGUGUAACUUUAUUAUUUUAUACAUAUAUAUAUUUUAGUUAAUAAUAAUUAAGAAAAAAAAAUAUAUGUAUUUGUAUAAUGUACUUUAUAUUAUGUAGUUUAUAAGAAAUCACCACUUCCUCUAAUUAUAUAUUUUUUUUGUUUGUCUUUCAAUUAUUUCCUUUCUAGAUAAUUUUAAGAAAUAAAUUAUACAAUUGAAUAAUAUUACUGUAAGACAUUUUUGUACAGAUUUAUAAAUAAUAUAAAUAGAAUUCUAACGAGAAAGAAAAUAAAAGAAAAAUAUUAAGUGAACUUAUGCGAAAAUGCUAAAAAUAAAAACAAAC